UAAUUAGAAAAUAAUACCAUUCCUAGAAAUAGGGGAUGAGGCAAGAAGAUGGAUCCCUGUCAAUCUCCUAAUUAUACAAUACUUUAGCUUAUGGACCAGAAGUCUCUGCUGGGCCACUUCACUAUCAUACGUGUUGCCUGUUUUGUCCUAUAGCUGUAUGUUGCUUUUUUCAUCCUGUGUUGCUUGUUUCUUCACCAGGUUCAUCUGUAAGAUCCAAAAAUACACGUGUCGUAUUUCCAAGGCUCAUCUCAUAACAAUUUAUAGAGCUGUGGGAAAGUAUGGGAGACUUCAGAUGGCUUAAGAUGAUGCAAAUUGCUGCUGCUGUGUGAAGGUGUGAUCUACAGUUCCUCUCCACCGCUGGUACAGCAGUAGUGUUUGCAUGGAAAUUCUGGUGAUUAAAGAUCAUGGCAACCAUAGAGGAACUGGCCCAUCAAAUUAUUGAACAGCAAAUGGGAGAGAUUACCCAUUCCCAGGAAGCUGCUACACAAACACUAAUGGAUGGGACACCACAACGAAUACAGAUCGUCCCUGCAGAUUCAGGCCUCUCUUUACCACAACGUAUACAGAUUGUCACAGAUCAGCAGACGGGCCAGAAGAUUCAGAUUGUUACAGCACUUGAUCAGAGCUCAGCAGGCAAGCAGUUCAUCUUAACAAAUCAUGAUGGCUCUACCCCAAGCAAGGUGAUCCUUGCCAGACAAGAUUCCACUCCAGGAAAAGUUAUCCUAGCAACUCCAGAUGCUGCAGGUGUCAACCAACUGUUUUUUGCAUCCCCUGAUAUAUCUGCACAACACAUCCAGAUUUUAACAGACAACUCCCCCAAUGAACAGGGCCUAAAUAAAGUGUUUGAUCUGUGUGUUGUAUGUGGAGACAAGGCAUCAGGGCGUCACUAUGGAGCAGUAACUUGUGAGGGAUGCAAAGGAUUCUUUAAAAGGAGUAUACGGAAGAAUUUAGUUUAUUCGUGCCGAGGAACAAAAGAUUGUGUCAUUAACAAACACCACCGGAACCGGUGUCAGUACUGUAGGCUGCAGAGAUGCAUCGCGUUUGGGAUGAAACAAGACUCUGUGCAGUGUGAGAGGAAACCUAUUGAAGUGUCAAGAGAAAAAUCUUCAAACUGUGCAGCUUCUACAGAAAAGAUCUACAUUCGGAAAGAUCUUCGUAGCCCGUUAGCUGCAACUCCGACUUUUGUAACAGACAAUGAAACAGCAAGAUCAACAGGUCUGCUGGAAUCGGGAAUGUUUGUUAACAUUCAUCCGUCUGCAAUAAAAACUGAGCCUACUGUGCUGAUGACUCCAGAUAAGGUUGAAGCAUGUCAGGGAGAUUUAAGUACACUGGCAAACGUGGUGACUUCAUUAGCAAAUCUCAGUAAAUGCAAAGACAUGUCACAAAGCAGUACAGAGCUAUCUAUGAUUGAGAGCUUAAGUAAUGGAGAUGCAUCGUUAUCUGAACUCCCGCAAGAAGAACAAGCUAGUAGUGAUGUUACAAGGGCGUUCGAUACUCUUGCGAAAGCAUUGAAUCCAGGCGAGAGUGGGGCGUGCCAGAGCUCUGACAGCAUGGAGGGCGGCGUGCAGCUGAUGGGGGGAGAAACAAGCAUGAAUAUCGUCGAAAUAGAGGGGCCGCUACUCAGCGAUGCACACGUAGCAUUCCGGCUCACGAUGCCUUCUCCUAUGCCUGAAUAUCUUAACGUUCACUAUAUCUGUGAGUCUGCCUCCAGGUUGCUUUUCUUAUCCAUGCACUGGGCACGUUCCAUUCCAUCUUUCCAAGCGUUAGGACAGGAUAACAGCAUAUCAUUAGUAAAAGCCUGCUGGAACGAACUUUUUACGCUUGGUCUUGCACAAUGUUCACAAGUUAUGAAUGUGGCGACAAUAUUAACUGCAUUUGUCAAUCACCUUCACGGCAGUUUACAGCAAGAUAAGCUGCCAACAGACAGAGGAAAACUAGUGAUGGAGCAUAUCUUCAAAUUGCAAGAGUUCUGUAACAGCAUGGUUAAGCUUUGUCUAGAUGGAUAUGAAUAUGCGUAUUUGAAAGCAAUCGUCCUCUUCAGCCCUGAUCACCCAGGUCUAGAAAAUGUGGCACAGAUUGAGAAAUUUCAAGAAAAGGCUUACAUGGAGUUCCAAGACUAUGUAACAAAAGCAUAUCCAGAUGAUACUUACAGACUGUCUAGACUUCUUCUCCGAUUGCCGGCUCUUAGGCUGAUGAGCGCUGCCAUCACCGAAGAGCUAUUCUUUGCAGGACUGAUUGGGAACGUUCAGAUUGACAGCAUCAUCCCGUACAUUCUGCGAAUGGAGACAGCAGACUACAACUCUCAGAUAAUUGGUCAUGCCGUAUAAAAGUAGCAGGCAAGGAUUCUGUACCAUGGCAGUCAUGGUGAUGUAGAUGCAUACCCUGUCUCCAAGAGAUGGCAAUAAGCCUUCCCGUGCACCUUUCCAAAGAAGGCUAAUAUUCCUCCUUUCCAGUACACUUGGGAAAUGUGGUGGAGUGUAUUAAGGAGUAUAGGAUCGCUUCCUAUUUUUCAUCUGAUUUUCAAGGACUUGUAAUUUAACUUGGUAUCUGAAGAAAGUCAAGAAUUGUCCAUCCUAUUUUUGUAGAUAGAUGAACUUGGAAUAUUUGUUUAUAAAGUCCAGGCUUGUGAAGAAACUGAAGAAGCUUUGACUGAACUAAGGUAUCUCAACUUAGUUUGAUGUUUUAGACAAAUAAAUUAACUUUCCUCUCCGAGUUGUGUUUUCAGUGUUUUGCUACUAGUUCUUUCUCACCGAUCAAAUGGUAAAUACAUGAUCAAACAUCCUGAAAAGUCCACUGUUUCCAUGGAAACAACCAUUAUAAUCAAACUUUGUCCUGUUGUUUUGCAGAGAGAUUUGUUUCUUGUUGAGUGAAACACUGGGCACCAAGUGCAGGGAAAGUAGAGGAAGUUAAAAUUUUAAAAUAUUCUGAUGACUUGUUGAUGCAGUUGAUCAAAAGUGAAGCAGCAAAGAGUCAGUACUGACUGUUUUAUGGUUGCAAAGGAACACUGUUGUAGUAUUGCAUCUCGCUAGACAUCGGCUGUUUUACAGUAUGAAAAACUAACAGAGAAGUGUACACUGCAGGUAUUCAAAGAUAGCAUCCUCCUGUUUUUUUCUGGUCUCAGAAGUUAAAGCUUUUUCACACUAUCCCUCUCUCUUUCAUACUCAGUGCACAACAGUGGAGGCAUUCUAGAUGCCUCUUAACUGGUGUUCAUGUCUUUAUUUUUUUAUUAUUGUUAGCCUUUGGCUAUGUAGUUCUCCUUUCCAACCAGUCUUGUAUGAUUAUUUUUGAAAUUUGAGUUUGUCAAAUCCAGUGCCCCUCCCUAUGGGAGCAUGGUCUCUGCUGCUUUUCCUUUCCUUAUUAGAAAUGGGUCUAGAUACUUCAUAUAUGUUUCCUGAAUCAUACUCCAUAGCUCCAUCUAAGGAUGGGUUUAAAUGUUUUUCUAUCGUGAGGCGUGUGCCUCACUGACAAGUGACACUGACAUACGGUUGCUUCUUGCUUCCCUUGCAACAGGACGUGAUACAUCCCCAGCACUUUUAAUACCUGUUGCUUAAAAUGAAAGUACUAUCCUAGUAAAAGUGGUGGCCUACCUCUGACUGUAGUAGCAUUUAGGAUUAUCUAAAUCUGGGAUCAAGGCCAAGUUCUAUUUGUCAUGAACCUUCCCUGGCAACAUUGGGUAAGGAAGAGCCUCGCCCAAUGAAGAAACCCAUGGUUUCACUAGAAUUUGCUUAACCAAAAUAUCAGCUUAAACAGAGGCCUUUGCCCACUCUGCAGUAGCAGCUCCAAGGGCCUUCUACCACCAAGAGACUACUAGAUGAGGCUUGGGUGGUUUCUGUAGCUUCUCUUAGCACCUGAGGAUCUCAGCCAGCCGAAAAGAAUCUGAGAAUUGCCUCUGACACUGAAUUUCUGUGUUCUUUUCAACUCCACUAACUGAGCUGCUUGGAUCUUCCUCCGCCCAAGCUCUAAUCUGAGGACAUACUACAGGAUCAAUCAGACCCAAGCACUCAGUGCUGAGGACCCCUGAUGGGAUGGAACCAUGCCUCCUGCUCUGCCUUGGCACUUACUGACUUCCUGGAGGACAGCCUUCUAGUGUUGCAACUAGCCAUGGCAGCUGAGCUCUUCCCACGUUCCACCUUUGAAGGGCACAGGAUUCAAGCUCUUCAGGUGUUCCCCGGAGAGCAGUAUGAGGACUACUUCUCUGCAUCUUGGAACAUAUGCAUCUCAUCAGCAGGGUUUAUGGAAAUAUGAACGACAGUUGCUGCCAAUAUGCUUGUUCUCUCCCCAGGGAAUAAAGGCGCAUCUUGCUGUCUGUAAGACCAAGUUGCAGAUGGGAGGGUAUAUCAUUUUCAUUUCAGCUCUCAUUAGAAAUUCUGAGCCUGCUUUCUAGCCCCACGCUAUCCCUAACCCACUUCUGGCCCUGACAGGCAUGGGAGAUUUACAGUCCUCUGUGUUAAACCUUUUAAGGAAGCUGACAGCACAUGACUCCUGAAUAAUUUGGAGGUGGUUUGUUUUCCAGGCAUUCCAAUACUCUUGAAAGAGACUUACUCUAACAUUCUCCAGAUUCAUGUAACCCAGAUAACAGUAAGAUGGAAAUAAAAGGGGUUUUUUCCCUCUAAAUGCAGUAUAUGGUGCAAAUCUCUCAAAUCCUUGCAGAAAUCUUUCACUCCAUAGCUUGAGCCGCAGGUGUGAUAGGCAGUUCUUUGAUUACAACUGGCCAAAAGAUUCAGCUGAUGCAGCCUCUCGAAUGGUACUGUCCAGAAAUAGUUCUGUCUUCAGAAACAGCUGAGACAAUAUCACAGUUUCUACAGACAUAAAUCUUUAGUGAUUGAAUCCAUCAGCUCAUCCAUUUUUAUCAUAGAACAGCCCAGGUUUGAAGGAACCUUGAAAGAUCAUCCAGUCCAACCUUUUGUGGGAAAGGGAGCCUAGAUGAGAUUAUCUAGCACCCUGUCCAGUCACAUCUUGAAAACCUCUAGUGAUAAGGACUCCAUCGCAUCCCUGGAGAGGUAGUUGCAGUGAUUGAUUGUUCUCAGCAUAAAAAAUUUCUUUCUUAUAUUGAGAUCUCUAAGACUUCUCAAAGAUUAUAGAUAGUGGCCUUGCAUUAAUGCCAGCCACUUCUCUUAACACCCCAGGGUGAAUUUCCUCUGGGUCCAUAGAUUUAUGUGGGUUGAGCCCUUGCAAGAGCCUGCAGACCAGCCUUUCCUCCACUACUGGUAGGUCAACACAUGCAUUGACGUAGCUACUCGAUCCUGUGCCCUGUGGUCCAGCUGUGCUGGUAAAGACAGAGGCAAAGAAGAUGUCAAGAACCUCUGCCUUGUCAGCAUGAUUAGUGAGUAGUUUUCCUGCCCUGUUAGGCAAUGGGUCUGUGUCUUCCCUGUGCUUCUGCUUCCUCCUCACAUAUCUGAAGAACCCUUUCUUGUUGUUCUUGACACCUUUGGCCAAUUGCAGUUCUAGCUGAGCCUUAGCCUUCCUUACUGCAUCUCUGCAUGCCCUAGCAAGGUUCUUGUAGUCCUUGAUGAGUAUUUAGCUGCCUUUCCGUAUGUUGGUGAGGUAUUUUUGCUUUUUUGUCAGAGCACUGUUUUGGAGGAAAUGACCUUAGAAUCUUCUCUGGAUUCCUCUUCUUGCUUCUUCUUUCCCGAGUCUGUUUGAGUACAAGUUAGCCUACUUCAGUAACGUGUGGACUGCCAUUACCACUGACUGUUGGGACAAGACUACUUUCUUAGGAUAUGUCAGCUGAAAAGCACAAGAACCUUGGUCACGUUUCAUAUUGGGUUGUUUAAAUUCAAGAGUUUGAAAUGUGUCCUUGCUGUUCUUUUUGAUGCCCAUCACCUCUGCUGGGCAGCAGAAGAUCCAAAUCCCGAUGGCUGACUUUCUCCUCUCCCAUACCUUUUAAUGUUGUUUUCCUGGCAAAUCCCUUGGACUUCAUCUGGAAUUUCUGCCAGAUCACCAAAUCAGGAAAUUUACCCAUCCGUGUUUUUCUUUCUAAAUCCUGUAUUUUUAGGUCUGAGAUUUCCCUCUACGUGUUGCGUAGCAAGAGAAUAUUGUCCUCUUAUUUGGAUGGGACAGAGACUGACAGAUUAUUUUUAAUCUAAUUCUCUUGACCAGCUGAGAAAUCAAAACGGGAUAACCAUCUCCAGACUAGGUAACAGACUGUAUCACCUCUCUUGAACAGUAUGGUUGAGUCACCAGGAUAUAUGGUUGAGUAAUCAGGAUAUACUCUUAAAAGUUCUUAGACUAUGUUUGAGGUUUUGCUUAAUAGUUUCGGAUCUUUGCAAACGGGACAACUAGUUCAAGAAAUCUUCCACCAAAGAACCAAGAAGUCUCUGCCAGGCACUUUUUUCUGAGGAUACCAGGACACUUAAUUAUCUUUGACAUGCCAUCUAGAUGGAUGUGCACAUAAAGAAAAGUUGCUUCUCUCGAAGAGAUUCUAGCUACUUGUGUGUUGUCCAUAUAUGUAAUAACCAUAUACCCUUUGCACUUGCUAUCUAUGGCAGACAGAUUAUUGUAACUCUAUGCUUGCUGUCAAGUCAAUGAAAAGGGAGAUGGAUGAGUACACACCCACAGUAUUGUGAGGGCCAAAAAACCCCCAUUUUUUGAUCUUGGACACUCUGAUGUUUGGACCUCUAUAGACCAAAUGUGAAUACACACAAUGCAUUACAAAGAGCUUUGGCUACUCUGGUAAGUAACCUUUUUUUCCCCCCAAGUUUUCUUACUUUUUUUCAUAAUAAUAAAUUUUCAUCAUAAGUUCAGCAAUGAUGUAAAGGUAGGGUGCAGCUGGUCUAUGCUGCCUGGCAAGUGUCAUCUCUCUUGUCUUAAUAGAAUCAUAUAAGCUGAAUCCCAUGUGACAGGUUGUUGCUUCAGUGUUACUCACUUUGCUCAUCAAGAUUUUUCAUUAAUAAUUUAAAAAUAAUUUCUUUAACCAUUCUUAAACUAUAAAUUCAUGCUUUUGAUAAGGAAUGAGGCAUAACUCUUUUCUCAGGAACGGGAGCUUUAAAACAGGUAAACUGAUAUGGGGAUGAACAUGUUUUUUCCUUAUGUCUGGCUGUUAUCCAUUGUAGUCAUCGAAGAAUAAUGCAACAGCUCAUGGAAAGGCUAAACAGUGAAUUCCUGGUUUUGUUGGUUUCAGGUUUUUUUUUAAGAUAACUGCUGCUCAGUUAAAUGGAGCAUAUUAAGCUACCUUCAACUCAGGCCCUUAGCGUUUCUAACAGCUAUUUUUUUAUGACAUGAUCUCACAUUAUCACCUGUGUGUUUUAUUGUCAUUUAUAGUCUUCUGAAUAAAUGUUCUUUGCUACUGAAUGAAAGGCUGCCUAAUAUUACUGGUUUCUUUCAUGCUGUAAUCAGCUAACAAAAAUGUGAAUCUUGAAACUCGCUCCACCACAGAUGUUAAAAUAUCUCAUUAUUUUUCUGACCCCUUCCUUUCUCCUUUAAUUUAUUUUUCAACUUUUUGAUCUUCAGCAGUCUGACAAUUUUCAUACCCAAUCAGGAUUUAACCAAACUGUGGCAUUUACUAGCCAAAAAAAUGUCUCUUUGCCAAUGAAAGGACAAGUUUCAUUUCAACAGCUUUAAAAUUUUCAAUCUUAAAAGCAAGAAAAAUCGUUUUAAUAUGAAUGACAUGAAAGGAAAAACAAUUUUAUACAUUUUAGAAUCCUGUCAUCUAAAGAUGGGAGCAAUGUUACACAUAAUAAGCUUACUAGUUCAAACAUUUUUCAUUAAAGUAUGUGUUGUACAUAGAUACAUGGGUUUAGGUUGCGUGUUUCAUACUGGUAAAGUUCCUGCUGCAAAUAAUGUUCUCUUUUAAACCGUCGUCCGAAGUACAUUCAUUGCAAUACUUUCUGCUGUUAGAAACUUACCUGUCCAUACAGCUGUGGGAUCUUCAGUGUCAGUGAAAGUCAAUCUGUUCAUUUUGAAACCUGUCCGUUCAUUUUGUUCAGCCUUCGCAGUUUGCUGGUACCUCGGUUUCAGUGUAAGCAUUUCAAUGUCACUGUAGUUGUUUUGCUGUCGCAUUAAAAAAAAAAAAAUCACUGUAAAUGUCUUGAAACCUGGCUAAAUUGGUAAAUUCUAUUUUGGCUGUAUUUUUAAAAAUAAAUUGUAACUUUAUAUUACAGAAAACAAUUGCAAUAA